AUGGCGGCGCGGCGGGAGCAGCAGCAGCGGGAGAUGGCGGCCAUGUUGGACCAGCUGAAGCUGCCGGACGACUGGAAGCUGUUGCCGGUCGACCCCAACUACAGGAACCAGCUGCAGCGCCACCACUGCUUCCGCGGCACCGUGUUCACCAACUUCCACCAGGCCUGGGGAUUACUGGAGAUCUGGAAACGUUUUCAAGCGCGUCCCAAGGACGUCAUCGUAGCCAGCUUUCCCAAGUCGGGCACCACCUGGCUACAGGAGUUGGUUUGGCGGAUGGGGAAUCCGCGCCUCAUCAAGACGCACCUGCCUUACGACCUGCUGCCCCCCAGCGUGCACACCAGCGACGCCAAGGUGCUGUACGUCACACGUGACCCCCGCGACGUCUGCGUCUCCUACCACCACUACUGCCGCAUGGUCAACUCCAUGGAGUACCGCGGUACCUUCCAGGAGUUCCGCGACAGCUUCGCGCGUGGUGAGGUGAUGUACGCGCCUUACCGUGAGCACGUGCAGGGCUACCUGCGUCACGCCGACACCGUGCUGUGCGUGACGUACGAGCAGCUGCACGCCGACCGCGCGGCCGUCGUCCGUCGAGUGGCCGCCUUCCUGGAGCGGUCCGUGACCGACGCCGAGGCCGAGAGUAUCGCGCGUCACACCAGCUUCGAAACCAUGAAGGAGAACCCCGGCACCAACUACCGCCACUGGGAGAAGACCGGCAUGGUAAACGUGGGCUCGGAGGUCACCUUCAUGCGCAAGGGCCAGGUGGGCGACUGGAAGAACUACUUCACCGAGGAGGAGGGUGCCGCUUUCCUGAAGUGGGCGAAACAGCCGGUCUGA